GUAGAGAAUGCCAGACCCACAGAGAUCGUCCAUACAAAAUACCCUAUGAGCACUAUUUUAAAGUAUAAAUGUUUUCCUGGUUUUGUAAAAGACCCCAACUUUUCCAAUGCUGUGGUUUGUCUUCCAAGUGGUGAAUGGUCAUACCCUGAAAAUUUUUGUAUUGAAAAACGAUGUCCUCAUCCUGGAGAGCUCCUGAAUGGUCACAUUGAGAUGGGAAACCUCAGACUUGAUUCAGUCAUUCGCUUCACAUGUAACAAGGGGCACAAAUUGUUUGGGUCAUCCACGAGCACAUGUAAAACAGUGAAAAAUGAGAGUAGGUGGAGUGACCCUCUUCCACGAUGCCGAGCCAUUCUUUGUCAGCCUCCUCCAGAUGUUACUGAUGGGAAAUGGGCAUCAGCUGAUGGGGCUAAUUUUUCGUUUGGAACGAGAGUGACUUAUUCGUGCAACAGUGGCCUUGUUCUUAUUGGGCAUAAGACUCUUCAUUGCUCUGCUGAAAGAGACAAGGGAAAAUGGAGUACCCAGGCUCCUGAAUGCACAGAGGUGAGGUGCCCAAGUCCAGAGAUCCCAAAUGGGCAUGCGUUACCUCCAGCAGCUCCUCCUUAUUCGUAUCAGGAUGCUAUGCAUAUUUCCUGUGCACCUGGCUUCAUAAUCUUUGGCGAGGAAAAGGUUUACUGUGGAGCCAACAGCACGUGGAUCCCGGCAAUUCCAGAAUGUAGACGGGCCACUUGUGAGGUGCCUGUAAUCCCAUAUGCACAUGCAGUAUCAUCAUCAUCACCGAGUCCUCGUUAUUCAUAUGGUGACACUUUGACACUUGAUUGUGAUCCUGGAUUUGCCAUGGUAGGAAAUGCUCACAUUUCUUGUGGACUCGGUGGCUUAUGGCUAACUGAUUUGCCAUACUGUCAGGCUGCCAAAAGUGCCACAAGUGCCAUUAGAGGUAACUGCGGAGUUCCAACCAGGUUAACCUUUGCUAUACCUAAGCCGGAGUAUCAAGGCCAGGUUAGGUUCGAUGUGGGAGCCACUGUGGAUUAUACCUGCCGACCGGGUUACAGGAGAACACCUUCCCUUUCACCUCAAAUUACCUGUCUUGCAAAUGGAACAUGGUCAAAACCCCCCAGGUUUUGUCAGCCAAAACAGUGUCCCAAUCCUGAGGACCUUCUGAAUGGUCGAGUUGAAAUACAGGAUACUGUGUUUGGUUCCACCAUCUUCUUUAGAUGUAAUGAUGGGUACACCUUAAUUGGCUCAUCUCAGAGCAUCUGUGAAAUUACAGACAACAAUAGGGUUGGCUGGAGUCAAAGCCAUCCAGUAUGUGAAAUCAUUAAGUGUUUACCACCUCCAGAUAUCAGUAAUGGGGUAAAGGUACAAAAUGAAGAUGAAUAUUCUUUUGGCUCUGUUGUGAAUUAUAAAUGUUACAAAGGCUUCUCACUUAUUGGAUUGGAUUCUGUCCACUGUAUUUCUGAUAACCGCCGAUCUGGAAAGUGGAGUGGCAAACCUCCUGAAUGUAAAGUGGUCCGCUGUGAAAAUCCCAUAGUCCAAAACGGACAUCAGACAUCUGCCUCAGCACCCCCUUAUUCAUAUAUGAACUAUGUGACAUUUCAAUGCAAUCCUGGAUUCGUCAUGGUAGGCAAAAGCAGAAUUUAUUGUGGAGCCAACAACCUCUGGAUUCCCAAGAUUCCAAGAUGUAAAGGGGAGGGUGACCCAGAUGAACCAGGCGACCAUGAUGGCCCAGUUGAACCAGGUGAUCCAGAUGACCCAAAUAAUUCAAGAAUUCCUUUUGUUUGCAUUAGACAAAUUUGUCUAACUUUGGCAAUGCUGAUUCUGACAUUUGUAGCUGCUGGUGAAUUGAUUUAAGCAGAAGAAAAGUUAACAUUAAGGGAAUACUUACAGUUGCAGUGAAUGUUUUCAAUUCAAUCAGCUUUCUAAUGAGAGUAGUCACUUUCACCAAAGCCACUCCUCGAUGAAUUGUGCUAGGACUGCUUAGAACUCGCCUGAAGAAAGUAAGGCAGAAAUGGAUUUCUACAACAGGUGUUGAUUUGUGUAUUUUUUAAGCAAGUUCUGUAACUAGCUCACUUCACUGAAAGUGAAGCCCUCGUGAUGUCUUAAGACUGCUUGCCCUUCCAACCUGCGGUUAGAGUCUGGUUUUCCUGUAAAGUAUUCAAAAGUCAUUCUAGGCUUAACAGAGAACUGUGAUGUUUCUCCUUUAUUCUUCACUGAAGUUUUAAGGCCAAUUUUCUAACAGUCCACUGUCAUGAAAUGAUUUCUGAGCAACAAUCUCAUUUAAUUUAUGUUAAAAGGUGUUAAGAAGUGGAUGGAAUGAAUCAAGACCACUCCAGAGCCUUAACAAAUGGAGGAAAAAGAUAAAGAAGAACAAACAUUCUCUGAUAGGAAAAUAGUUUAGUCUGCAAGCGGUUUGACAUGAAGUGCAAAGUCACUUUUCAUUUGAUUUUUGAUUUAAACUAGUUAGCCAAGUAAAAUGUUGUGAGCAUGAA